CCUAGAUGCGGUAUCGGCACUGCGGUGCCGCACACCCGUACAUAACAAUCCAUAAUCACAUGAAUCAUGGGGCCAUGAUUGCCCCGCUGGCUCUGCGCUUCUCCCACUUUAUUUUCAACUAUCAGAUUCUUCCAGUCCUAAACGGUGAACUCCAAUCGGGUUUAUAGGAGCCUGCCCUUUGAAGAGGCUCGGAACAACACGAUAUUAGGGGACAUCGCAGGACAGGCAAGAUGCCACUAUCGUGCAUCUUCCCUAAACCACCAUCACAAUGGCGUCUGCCACGGUUCCUCUCCGCCAUUCCGCUCCCCGCCCUACAGCUCAUUGGCCUUCUCAUCUUUAUUAACGGUAUCGUCUGGGCCGCCGCCGGCAUCCUCCUACAUUACAACCCCAAACUCAUCUCUCCAGCCGUGCUCUCCUACACCCUCGGCCUCCGCCACGCCCUCGACGCAGACCACAUCUCGGCCAUCGACCUCACGACGCGCCGGCUGAUCGCCUCGGGCCAGCGGCCCGUCGCCGUCGGCACCUUCUUCAGCCUCGGCCACUCGACCGUCGUCGUCGUCACGUGUGUCGUCGUGGCCGCCACGGCCGGCGCCCUGCGCGACCGCUUCGACGACUUUCAGCGCGUCGGCGGCAUCAUUGGCACGAGCGUGUCGGCUGCGUUUUUGCUGCUGCUCUGUGUCGGGAACGGGUUUGUCUUGUGGCGGUUGGUGGGGAGGUUGAGGGGUGUUUUGCUGGCAGCGGAGCAGCAGGGGGUCAGUAGGGCCAGGAGGAGGGGGGAGGUUGUUGAUGGUGAUGAUGACGUGGUGGAGGAGGAAAUGGGGGAUAUGGAUGCCACGGGCCAGCGGGGGUUGCAGCUGGAGGGGCCCGGGUUCCUGGCGAGUGUGUUUAGGAAGGUGUUUCGGAUGGUGGAUCGGCCCUGGAAGAUGCUGCCGUUGGGGAUUUUGUUUGGGCUGGGUUUCGAUACCAGCUCGGAGAUUGCGAUCCUGGGGAUUGCAAGUGUCCAGGCUGCGGAGGGGACUAGCAUGUGGGUGAUUCUGAUCUUUCCGGCGCUGUUUACGGCGGGCAUGUGCCUCCUCGACACAACCGAUGGAGCCCUGAUGAUGGCGCUUUACACAUCCAAGGCGUUUUCGAGGGAUGUGGUGGCCAUCCUCUACUACUCGAUCGUCCUGACAGGCAUCACCGUGUUUGUCUCGGCCUUUAUCGGCAUCAUCCAGGUCUUGUCCUUGGUUGAGCACGUGGCCGAACCCGACGGCAGCUUCUGGGAGGGCGUGGGCGCUAUCGGCGACUAUUACGACAUCAUUGGUGGCUGCAUUUGCGGGCUCUUCCUCGUCGUCGGGGUCGGCUCGGUGCUGAUCUACCGGCCUUGGAGAAGGAAAAUGGACAAGAGGGCUGAUCGCCACGCAGCCGAGAAUGAAUCUACCUGCCCAGAACCUCAAAGCCCUGCGCCGCUAAUCUCGCAAGAUGGGCCACGUGCCCCAGGCUAUGGCACGGCAGUAUGAGAAUCCAUGGAGAUGUUGGCAUCUGAUGCUCAUGAUCCGCAUUGGCCUGAAUGGGAUGAUGUCCAAUCUCGGUGCAGGGAGCCUUGCCAGGUCAAACCGUCGCGGAACGACUCGUGCAAUAUCGAGGUUGGAUGAACCUGUCCCCGAAUCUGUCACCCUCGAGACACAUUUUGGCUUGUUCUCUUUAACUGAGGAGGUUAGACCAACCGCCUCAGACCGGGCUGGGCCCUUGGGGGGGGAGGGGGGAAGGAAGAGGGUUC